AUGUCGGUUGUGCGUCAGGUCAUCGAUGCCCGCGCGCACAUGCUCGGGCGCCUGGCGUCCAUAGUCGCCAAGCAGAUCCUGGCGGGCCACCAAAUUGUGGUGGUGCGCGCGGAGGAGAUUACCAUCUCCGGGGGCCUGGUGCGCCAGAGGAUGAAGUACUCGCGCUUCCUGCAGAAGAGGCACAACACCAACCCCAACAGGGCCGGUCCCUGGCACUUCAGGGCGCCCUCGCGCAUCUUCUGGAGGACCGUACGCGGGUGA